GUUUGAAUAAAAUGUUGGACAAGCAUCUUAUUGCGAUGGACAUUGUAUCUUGAUUGUAUAUAAAGACACGUUGAGUGUUUCAAUCAAGGGUCAAUCAUCGCCUCUCGUGACCGAGCUCUACAAUGGCCAAGCUUCUCGUCCUCACUGUUCUCGCAUGCAUGGCCGCCAUGGCCUGUGCCUCUGCUCUAGGGUACCGUAGUUACGGCUACAAGAGUUACGACCCAGUUGACUACAGCUACGGGUACAGGAGUUACGGCGGACCUGUUGGAUACGGGUAUGGGUACGGUGACUAUGCCGGCAACGGAGGCUACGUCAGGUACAACGGGUACGGAAGCUACGACGGUCAUGGCUACGGGUACGGUAACUACGGUGGAUAUGCUCGCUUUGGUGGAUUUGGACGAGGCUAUUACGGUAGACACUGAGCAGACGGAUCCUCGUGUCUUGACACAAACCUUACAACACAAUAAAGGAGUAAAAACAUA